AUGCGCUUGCCAGUCACGCUUUGCCUCCUCCGAGAUGGCACGAUCUUUUUCCUCAUCCUGCUCGCCAUAAGCAUCGCCAACCUACUUUCUCUUUUUCCGGCACGCAGUCUCAUUGAAUUCCUCCCGCCUAUCCUCGUCUCCCGUUUCCUCCUCAACCUGCGCGACUGCACCGGGUCAAACACCACAGACCGCAGCCUCCCGCGGCUCUCGGAGCUCAGCGUUCACUUCGCGACGUCGAAUGUGUCAAACAUCAUCGGUAAUAUCGGCGCGCCGCUGGACUACGCGCAGGCGGAGAGGCUUAUCCGCGCUGAGUACGAGCGUCCUGGAGACAAAAGCGGCGUCCCCUUCUCUGAUACUGCCGCGUCGACUGCCAUUGGCAUGUGACUGUGUGCCCGCCGAGGACUCGACGUGUCGGAAAAUUCUAG